AUGGUUGAAUAACUGCUUCAAAACAUCAAUACUAAUGAUGACGAUUAUGAGGAUAAACUAGAACAACUCUUUUAGGAAGCUGAUUGCCAGCUUAUCAAAAAUAAAAACUACUCAAAGGCUCAAGAAAUUUAUGAGAAAAUACUUGAGUUAGAAGAUGAUAAUGUCUCUGCAUUGAAUGGCCUCUACUAUUGCAAAGACCAUUUUAAACAAUAUGAUGAUUGUCGUAAACUUUUGUAAAAGGCUAUUGAAGUAGACCCUGAAGAUUAUGAAAGCAAUUUUAACAUGGGUGGAUAUCUGUUAGACUCUAAGAAAUAAGAGAACAGUCUUGAAUACUUUUAGAAAGCCUGUAUUCUAGCGUAGGAUUAAAAGUCGAAAGCAAAAUGCUUGUAUAACAUAGCAAAAACUUAUGAGGAGCUUAAUGAUCACAAAGAGGCAGAGUAGACUUACACACAGGUCUUGGACAUUGAUCCCAAUGAUCAUAAGACUCUAGUCAAUAUUGCUAUAGUACAAGAUAAGCAAGGAAAAGGGGAGUAGGCUCUGAAAAGUUUGGAAUAGGCAGUUGUAAUAAAGGGCACUGAUAGAAAAAUCCAUACAAAUUUGGGGAUUAUAAACAGGAAAAUAGGCAAUUACGAGGAAAGCAGUAGACAUCUUUAAAACGCCUUAGAAAUACUAGAAGAUAAGAAGAAGGUGAAGAGUAAAGACCUAUUGUACAUAAAUAGACUACUUUUAGCUAAGGACUCUGGGAAGCAGGAUCUUUAAUAGUAUUUCAAUGAUGCUUUCAUGCAUGUAAAACUGAACAAAAAAUCUAGAUACAACAAGCAAUUAGCACAUUUAUGUGCAGAAUAUGGAUAUGAUGACAUGGCUUUGAAGCUAUACGAGCUUGAAAAAGUUAGAUAAGAAAAAAUUGAUGCCAAACUGAGUGAAGGACUUGAAGAAUUUAAGUAGGAAAUGCUUUCUAGAUAGCAGACAAAGGUGAAAACUGUACGAUCAAAAGGACCAGUAAUUUAGAAAAGUAUGACAGGUCUUCAGAGAAUGGGCACCAAAAUCACAGCCAUUAUUGAAGAUGAUGACGAGGAAGGUGGAGGAACAGGUUUAUACAAGAAUAAGACAUAAAUGAUGAAAAAGAAAAAAACAAUAAACCAACUCAUAGCUAAAGGUAACAUUGAAAUGUCAGCAAACAAGCAAUCUGAAACUAAUGGUACUUCAAACUCAAGAAGUAUAAUAAGGGAAGAGGAGGAAGGUGAAGAUGAAGAAACGACUAAGAAAUCAGUAUCUUAGAUGCAAUCAAAUGCUCACCAAGCUAUCCCAGAAGAUGAAGAAGAUGAUGAUAAUGAUCAUGAUGGCCUUAAUACUGAUGAAGAUCUAGAAGAUGAAUAGUCUCAAAGUAAAUUAAACAUUUCAGUUGAUAAAGAAUAACUUGAAAUUCAAGUGAUUGAGCACAAAGUUGAAACGCAAUAGACUUUACAGGACCAGUCUAUGAAUUAAAUUCAAGAUAAAGAGUAUCUAGUAAUAGAUACAGAUAUAAAGCAAUUCGUUUUGUUCAAGGAUGACAGUCCAAGUGAAAUAGGCUCGAAUAGGAAUAAUAGCCAAAAGAAAGAAUCUAGUAGUUCAAUAAGGUAUUCAUCAGCCAAUAAAAAUGACUUCGAAGUCGAAGAUGAUUAAGAAGAGUAAGCGGACUAAAAUUAUUAGUUCAAGUAAGACAAUAAGUUCAUGCAAGUUUAGAUUAAUUCUCCAACUGAGGAUGAGAAGGAGAAAAUCGUAGAAGCAUACUAAAUUCAAAGUGUUUAGGAUGCUGAUAAUCUUGAAGAGUCAUCAAUGAUGACUGCAGCGGCUAUUUCAGCCAGAAAUAUACUUUAGGAAUAAGCAUCCUAACAUAUAUUGAAUAUGAGUUUCAAUGGCGAGAAAACUAAUGAGAAUGAUGCUGAUUGUUGGACUCCAAGAACUUGCCACUUCAGGAUACAAAUUAAUUCUUAGGAUUACUAAGCUAAAUACAGACUAGCCCAGAUUUACCAGGAGGAAAACAAAAUAAUGCAGGCUCUAGCUUUACUCGAAGAUAUAAUGACAUUCUAGCCAUAGUUCAAAAGACUUGAUGUUCUUCAUGAAUCAAUCAAACUUUAUGAUUAAAUAGGGAAACUUGAAAAAUCUAUUGAGCUGUAUGAUCUCUUAAUUGAGACAUAUAGAUAGAAGUAUAGAAACUAUGAAGAAGGAUCUGAAAAGUAGCUAUACGAUUCAAUUUUCUAGAAAGGUAAAUGCUAUGAGCUAAUGAAGAAUUUUAAGCAAGCAAUACUGACAUAUACUUAAUGCACUACUCUAAGCAUAAAUCAAAGCAAACUCUACCUUAGAAUAGCUUAAUGCCAAAAGAAGCUGAAGAACUUUGAGAAAUCUGCAGAGAAUUUAGAAUUCGCUAUUCAAAUUGAAGAGGAGUUAGGUUCUGACCCUAAGUAUAUAAUUGAUCAUUGCCUGAACUUGGCAAUGAUACACUAUAAAAGCCUUAAAAAUAUAGAUAAAGCAAAGGUUUAUGCCUUAAAAACACUUGGCAGAGAUGAAAACAAUGGUAGUGCUUUAAUUAUUCUUGGAUUAAUUUGUGAGACUUAAGAAUUGAAUGAAUAAGCAAUAGAGUAUCUAAAGAAAGCAAGUGAUUAGCAUGGAUAUUCUCUUGAAGCGUUCUUCAGACUAGGUAAACUUUAUGAGAAGAUGGGAAAUCGAAAGAAUGCUAUUUCUUACUACAAGAGCGCAUUAUUGGUACAAAACACUCAUCUAGAGAGUCUAAGUGCAUUAGCUAAUCUCUUGCUUCAAAGAGAAGAGUAUGAUAGAGCCAUGAAAUACUACAAGCAUGCUCUAUAGUUAGAAGAGGAUAAUGUUGAAUUGCUUUAUGGCUACAGUUUAUCAGCAUUCAAGGGUUAUGUCAAGUUUAAGGAGCAGAAAUCUUAAGAUAAUCAGUUAAGGCAAUAAAAAAGUUAAGAUCUUCAUCAAGCAGUCAGAUGUCUUAGGAGAGUAAAGUAAAUUAACCCUUAAUAUGGAGCUGCACUAAGGUUAAUGGGUGAAAUAUAUUUGAAAGAGAAAAAGUACGACAAGGCCGUUGAGUACUUAAAAGAGGCAUUAAUUAUCAACAAGAUUGAUUCUCCUACAUUGGUACUUGUUGGAAACAUCAUGUAUGAAAAUGGAAACACAAAGACUGCUUUGAGAUAUUUCAAAGAAGCUCUAGUUUAUAAUCCAAAUGAAAUAAGAGCAUUGAUUUGUAGUGGCAAUGCUAAGUAUGACAAAGAAGUAAGCUUGAAUUCAUGUUUUACAUUUUUAUAGAAAUAUGAGGAGGCAGCUAAAUUCUAUGAACGAGUUAUUGAACUAGACAAUACUCUUCCAGAUGUUCAUUAUGAUCUUGCUAACUCAUACUUUAACGUGCAGCAAGUAGAAAAAGCUAUUGUUCAUUAUCAAAAAGCUAUCUAGCUUAGCCCAUUAAGAGUAGAAUACUUUUAUAAUCUUGGCAACGCUCUUUCAAUGCAAGAGAAAUAUGAAGAAGCUAUUGAGCAAUACUAGAUAGCGAUUAAUCUUAACCCUGAAAAAUCUGCUCUUGCUCAUUUUAAUAAAGGAAAUUCUCAUUACUUCUUAGGGUAGUAUGAUUUAGCUAUCGUCAGCUAUAAAAAAGCAAUUGAACUUGAUUAAGAAAAAGCUGAUUACCACUUUAACCUUGCAAACGCUUAUCAAGAAGUCAAAGAUUUUGAAAGUGCUCUUGAACACUAUAAAAUGGUAAUAUAACUUGACGGAAAUUAAGAAGAAGCAUUCAUUAAUAUGGGUCACAUUUACAACUUUCAUCUUAAAGAUAGGGAAAAAGCCACAAAAGUCUAUAAGAAGAUACUUAAAGUAUUCCCAGAUAACGAACAAGCAUUAGCGGAACUCAAGAAAAUUAGGAAAUAAUGA